AUGGCAGACGAACCUUCGGAUGCGUGUUCACGCACUGAUGAAGAUGGUGUGAGGGGUAGCUGGAACAACAAACGAAAGUCUACACAUGCAUGUUCUUACCCAAAUAAGAAACAUGGGUUCGUGAUAAGAAACGAAUGGGAGUGCUAUGUAAUUUGCGUCUUUGCUGCUGUUGUUUUAAUCCUCAUAUAUCUCUUCACUGAAGGAGAAGAUGAGGAGGACCACGAGGAAGAUAGGGAGGAAGAAGGGGAGGUUUCUGAAGAGGAUAGGGAUGUAGAAGAGGAAGCUAAAGAGGAGGAAGAAGGUGAGGAAGAGGAAGACGAAGAAGAAGGUGACGAUGAGGAUAAUGAAGACGAGGACGAGGAAGCACGUGCUAAUCUCCUUAAGGUCGUUGUGGAUUGCUUCAUAGCAACGAAGGGAACACAAACAUCGAAGAAAUCCUUGGUAUGCUUCGAUUUGUACCAGGAUAUGAUGAAGCAGUAA